GACAGGAGGACGACACUUUUGCACACUUGAUGAACGGUUGAAAAAUGGCUAUCUCUUUUAAUUGAUGUGUUUCGAGUGUUUAUAAUUAAAAUUGUUUUAAAACUAUAGAUAAUAUGUUUACCGAUACCUUUGAAGACAAGACUAAUUGAGUAAAUGUGUGGGAACACAUUAAUAUAAAAGACUGCACUCAAACUAAAUCAAAGAUACACAUCUAACCCGCACCAUGAUGAACAAUCAGUUCCAUACAUCAGCUACUAAUCCUCUCCAUCUGAAUGCAGCUGACCCUGGAGGUGUUGGCGUUGGCAUCGGUAGAACUGCAUAUGCCGGCUAUAUGCCAAGUUCGGCUCCAGAAUCGGCGCCAACGCCGAAUCAAUGGUUGACGUACCAAAUACUGCCUCCCAGUAGCCAGCAGCAGGUUGUUGGUCAGCAGAAUUUGUCCAAACUUUGGCAACCGACCACAACGCAUCCAAGCAGUAUACAGAUAACAACCACAACCAGCAAUCCUACCGUACAUACCGUAUCUGCGCUAGGAAAGCAACCGACAGCGGCGGUGGUCACAUCAUCAUCAUCCAAUGCGCAUCCUAUGGCCUAUAAGGCUAACAAUAUACGUAUUAUUUCGACAUCUCCAAAUAUCUAUAAUAUAAACAAAUCGGUGCCACAGGCAUUGCAAAAACAACAGCAGCAGCAUUCUGUGUAUCAUGCUCCUGUUCAGUCUUAUUACUUGCCGAAUGCUGGUAAUCCUAGCCAAUUGAAUCGUUUAGUUGCCAAGCAACAACAACAAUCGACACAGUCGGUUUCAAUGCCUCCGGUGCCUCCUCUUGCACCGGUGAGCAAUUCCACCUCUGUUGUGCCUUCUACUGUGGUUCUGGAUAGAAUCAACAUUUGCAUUAAUAACCACUACGCCGAGUCGACGCCAUCACAGAUUCUAGGACAGCAGCAGCAGCCGUCGCCCAUUAUACCAGCUAUCCAGCAUAAGAUACAGCCGCUGCCCAUAAUUGAUAGCAAUUUUAGUUCCGUCUCAAGCAGCAGCUAUGAAGACGGCGGAGGCGAAGGUGGAGGCCCAACCAUAGAAGAGUGUGUAUCAACAGCCUCAACUGUUAGCAGCACCGUAAUUGUGAUUGAUGAGCCGGAUUCCACCACAACGACACCGCAAACACCACCAACAACACCGGAAGCGAUUGGUUCUCCCUUAACAUCGAAUACAUCGAUCUCUGACUUAUCUAUAGCAUCAUCUCCUUCACCGCCUCCAGCUUCCUGCUCUUCCGUCGGCAUGAAGCCGAGUUUCAAAUCAAAUGAGGCUUCAUGCCUGCCACUUACGCCCCCAUCGCCACCACCAGCACCAGCCGAACAGCUUCCAUCUGCUCCUCGAGCGAAUUAUUCUUUGCAAGAAGAUGUCUUUAUUAAAUGCCAGGAUGGUCGAUUCUAUCUGGGCACAAUCAUUGAACAGAUUGAAGAGCAAUUUCUCAUACGAUUCGAUGAUCAAUCGGAACAAUGGUGUGGACCAGAAAAGAUGCGUAAGCUAGGAGGAGACAGCUGCAAUACCAGCUCAGCGAAUCUUGGCGUUGAUGCCACCAAUUCAACUGGCCCAUCUCCCUCCGCCACAAGUUCCUCCAUCACCAAAUGCUCCUCCAUGUGUGUGGCCUGUAAACGUUCUGAUCUGCAGGAUAUUGUGGAAAUUUGUGAACGUUGCGGUCGUGGCUAUCAUCGUGGUUGCACCACCGAAAUUGUUGCGGGCAGCGGAAUUUGGUUUUGCAAACGCUGCGCCAAACCCAUGCAAAUGCAUCAGCCAUUGAAGGAGCAAUUGAUUGGCAAGCCUGAAGGAAUAUGUCGGCAAUUACCCUAUUAUGCGGAUAAACUCAGCUGGGAUGAGAAGCAUCGCGUAAAUGAAGAGCAAAUCUAUUGUUAUUGCGGCAAACCUGGAAAAUUUGAUCAGAACAUGUUGCAAUGUUGCAAAUGUCGUAAUUGGUUUCACACCCAAUGUAUGCAGAAUUUUAAAAGUAAACUGCUGCGCGGUGAUAUCUUCUUUGUAUUCUGUUGCACUGUAUGCAACAAAGGUGGGGAAUUUGUGCGUCGUCUACAAAUCGAUUGGGUAGAUGUUUUACAUAUUGCUCUCUAUAAUCUACGCAAGCAUCAGCAUCAGAAAUAUCAUCAUUUGCUAAAGGAUAUUUGGCCAUUUGUAUUGGAGCAGCGUCAAAACUUACCCAUCUGCAAGGAAUGGAGACUAUUACCAGAAACCACAUUGAUGGAGAGAAUAAAGCAAACGCUUAGGGACUACUCUGAACGAUUUAUAUGCGGUCGCGAGGUGAAACGUGAUCCAGCCUUUUAUGCUCUGCGUCACAGUGGACCGCCAUUGACGCCCAAAGUAUUUCUCCAAGAGAACGAGGUGCCAACAGAUGAACUGUUGGUCAACAAAUAUAAUUUGUUGCUCCUGCCUGAUGAGAAAAAAGAAAAUGCACAACCUAAAAACGUAGAUGUUUAUGAGUUUCAUACAGAUGACGAUGAAGAGACAAAAAUCGAUGUAUCUACCAGUGAAGAGGAUGAGAUUCCCAUCAAGCAUAUUAUUGACAAGGCCAAAAAGCAAAGUGAACAAAUGGAAUUGAAGUCAGCAGCACCACAACCGCCGCCGGCGGAUGAUAAUGCCAAUGAUGCCACUACUGUGCCAGCAGUUACUACCCCUGCUAUGCCAAUUACUGCUACACAGCUCCAAAUGGUGGAGUGGGCCAACAGCAGUCGCAAACGUAAGGCCUUUCGCCUCUCAAAGCGCUACGAUACUACCAACAGCAAUCGAAAUCACUGUGAUCUUUCGUCGGAUGAGAACUCAAGCAGCAGUCGUGGUACCAGCUCCUUGGAUAUUAUCAUACCACCGCCAGUAAAUUUUUUGGGUCGCAAUAAUCCGUUCCUAAUGGCCACACCUAAGAAAGCGCAGCCAACGAAACUAGGAUCAGGAAAUUUGGCUUUGGGAGUGACUAGUAUCAUUAAUAGUCUAUUCAAGCUCAAGAAUGGAGGAGGUGCUGGUGGCUGUUUAGCCAGAGAUCAGCCGCGUAUGGUGAGAACCAUUAAACGUAAACUGAGUGCCAAAGAUAUAACCAUUGGGCCCAAUCAGGAAGUGCGCCGACGUCGAACGCGUCGCCCAAUCACAGACAUGGAGGUGAUUAAUACCACCACCAUUAAUCCCAUACCCAGCCACUAUUUUCCCAUCUAUGCCAAAGAUUUGCAUCCACCUCCUCCUCCUCCUCCACCUCUGCCACCGCCGCCGGGCAAACUUUUGGCGCCAUCUCAUGGUCGUUUACUGCGACAGCGUCCACAGAAAUCAGGACGACGCGCGCUCCAUCAAACCCCAUCCACUGCCACCUCAAUUAGCAGCAGUUCAUCUUCAUCAUCCGCCUCUUCCAAUGGUGCAUCCAUGCUGGAUGUAAAACAAUCGGUCAAUAAGUAUUUCGGCGGCGCUAUCAACCGUAUCGAUGCUGGUGAAUCCUUUGGAAUUCGAGCCAAACGUCGCUUGGGCAAUGGGCAAGUGCAGUAUCUAGUGGAGUGGACAAAUGGCAAUCGUUGAAGCAAAUCAGUCUGUACUCAAUUUUUUAAGUCGUUUGCCCUUAUAGUAUUUUCUACAGCAAAUAGAAAUAGACUUGUAAAACACCUGUUACCGAAAUGGCCGAGGAGGUUAAAAAAAGAACUUAUUCAAAUAUAGACUGCUCAUACAAAUUUCUGUUCUGUUGAAUGUGUGGAUUAAUAAAAAAAAUAUAAAUGAGAA